AUGGCAAACAAUUACAAGGCCGCGAAGGAGGCCUUCGUGUCUAAUCUGACCGGAGGUUCCGUGGGGGAAAUCAACUAUGUCACCCUCGUUGCUCCAUCUACCGUUUUGCUGUGGUCAGUCCUCCAGUCGCGGUUACGCCUAUUCACUCCUUACAAUGCACCGGCAAUCCUGAUCGACUUCCUCCUGAACUGUGCAGCUAUCCUCUUUGCAACAACCAUAUAUUCUUCGGCCCCCUUGCUGCUGAACCUCCUCGUUAUCCUCCCUGCUGCCUCAAUAUAUCUCCUAUCUGGGCCUACAACUAAGCAUGCUAAACCGCGGCCAUUGAGGCAGCAUGAACAUUCGAAACCGACCCCAGAACCUUUUCCUAUCAAGCCAUUCGUUACGAACUACCGAGGCAGCAUGCUAGUCGUCACCUGCAUUGCUAUACUUGCGGUCGACUUUCGCAUCUUCCCGCGGCGCUUCGCCAAAGUGGAGAACUGGGGUACAUCGCUGAUGGACAUGGGAGUCGGCUCCUUCGUGUUUUCCUCGGGGGUUGUGUCAGCUCGCUCGAUUUUGAGGGAUCAGAUGAACCGGAGGUCAACACCUCUGCCAAGGAGACUGGUAGCCUCUCUCAGGCAUUCAUUACCACUUCUGGUGCUAGGCUUCAUUCGCCUCUACAGCGUCAAAGGACUGGACUAUGCCGAACAUGUUACAGAGUACGGGGUGCACUGGAACUUCUUCUUUACUCUCGGGUUCCUCCCUCCCUUUGUCGCUAUUUUCCACUCGCUGUUCAGACUCAUUCCGUCGUACGCACUUCUCUCAUGCAUAUUAGGAUUUGCUUACGAAGCAACUCUCGAUCUCACUACGUUGAAAGCCUUCAUUUUGACAGCUCCGCGCACUGACCUGCUGUCAAAAAAUAGGGAGGGAAUAUUCUCUUUCUUUGGGUACCUUUCCAUAUUUCUUGCCGGACAGGCCGCUGGAAUGUAUGUUCUUCCACGCCAACAACCUGUCGAUAAGGGAGCCUCGAAGCGAGAUAUUCUGAACAGGUCCACAUUGGCCCGUCUUUUGGCUUGGACAUUUCUUUGGACAUCUCUAUUCGUCUUCUCAACCAGCUUUUACGGCAUGGGCCUAGCCGUAUCCCGCCGCUUAGCGAAUCUCCCAUAUUUUCUCUGGGUUACGGCAUUCAAUUGCGGCCAGCUCGCCCUCUUCUGUGCAGUUGAGACGCUUUGCUUCCCCAACUUGCAAAAAGCGGAGGACCCGCUGGAAAGCGAAAAAGGCAAAGAAUCUACGAGCCGGAUCCUCUUUGCGUUCAAUCGGAACGGGCUCGCUCUGUUCUUGUUCGCCAACCUACUAACUGGGCUAGUCAACAUGACUGUACCAACUCUACACGUAGAGCAGCUUGCGUCUAUGGGCAUACUGGUGGCCUACAUAUCUGGUGUCUGUGGACUGGCUCUACUGUUGGAUUAUCGAAGCAUCUCAAUUAAGCUGUAGAAUACAUGCAUACAUCAUUCAUUAGAGACGAUAGCAAAUAUCUAGCUACGUUAUCUACCUGCCACGCCGCAUAGGGUCUAUUGUACGCGUUUAUUGUACGCCCUGCUAACGUUGUGACAAGAAUAUCAGCAUCGAUGGCGCUCGAGUAGAUGUUUGCGCCUUCAUUCAGGGGCCCUAUCAGCUCUCAGUCCGCGUGCGCCACCAGCUAUUAUCUCUUCGAAGGCUGGUGCGAAGGGGCCUGUGAAUGCCUAUUGCCGCAUUGCGGCACCAUUAAUGCGGAGAAGACGGUGGAGUGGAGGGACAAGUUGCCGCAAGCCUAGCCAUAUAGAAGCCCAUCACAUCCCCAACAGAA